AUGAACUAUCAAGACAAUACAAGAGGUGCUGCAAGGCAGCAGCAACGAGCAACAGCAGCAGCAGCAGCACCAGCAGCAGGAGCAGCAGCAGGAGCAGCAGCAAGCGAUCUUGCCAGUGCAUCAGGCAGCAGCAGCAGCAGCAGCAGCGGGCGCAGCAGGCGAAAGAGCAGCAGCAACAACAGCACGAUUAGCAGCAGCACAGGAAUAGAGACAAACUUUAGUAGCCCUCCUGGUGCACCUCAACCUCCCUCUAGGCAGCCAGCAGCAGCAGCAGCAGCAGCAGCAGCAACUGCAGCAGCAGCAGCAGCAUUUCAUCCAGGGGAAGGUAACGAGAAGGCAGCAAAGAGCAGCAGCAGCAGCAGCAGCAAGAAGAAAGAUCCAUCAUGUACAACAGCUGAAUCAACAGCAGCAACAGAAGUUGUUGCAGCACCUGCUGCAGCAACUUCUAUUGCUACAGGUGCAGCAGCAGCAGCAGCAGCAACAGCAGCAGCAGCAGCAGCAGCAGGAGCAGCAGCACCAUCAUCAUCAGCACAAUCAACAGAAUCAUUAUCAUCAUCAUUAGCAAUCCAACCAUCACCAUCAUCAUCACCAGCAGCAGCAGCAGCAGCAGCAGCAACAGCAGCAGCAGCAGCAACAGCAGCAGCAGCAGCAGCAAGAGAGGAAAUAUAUUUUAUUCGUAUAUAUAUAUCAUGGAUAGGAUUAGCACAAGAAGAAAUAAUACCUUAUGAAGGUUUUCCUUUAUUCCCUUUUUUUUUAUUAAAAUAUAAACAUAAAUUUAUUAUUAAUGAACAAUUAUUCUAUCAGCAGCAGCAGCAGCAGCAACAGCAGCAGCAGCAGCAACAGCAGCAACAGUUACAGUUACAGCUGGAGCUGGACCAGCAGCAGCAGCAGCAGCAGCAGCAGAGGGAGAGGGGAAGGGAAGAGGGAGAACAACAGAAAGAGGGAGAACAAGAAUAUACAGGUGUCAGUAAGAAAGCUGCAGCUGCAGCAGCAGCAGCAGCAGCAGCAACUGCAGCAGCAGCAGAGAAAGCAACAGCAGCAACAGAAACACCAACAGCAGCAACAGAAACACCAACAGCAGCAACAGCAACAGCAGCAGUAACAGGAGAAACACCAACAGCAGCAGCAGCAACAACAACAACAGCAGCAGCAGCAACAGCAGCAGCAGCAGCAGCAGCAGCAGCAACAGUAGAAACAGCAUCAGAAGGACAAUCAGGAACAGGAGGAGGAGGAGGAGGAGCAGCAGCAGCAGCACCAGCAGCAACAAUAGAAGCAGCAGCAGCAGCAGCAAGAGGAUAUAAUAUAAUAUAUAGAUGGCUAAGAGGACCAAGACGGGGU